CCUCAUUCAAAGUCAUAACGCGUAAUAAAAAUCAGCGAGAAAUCUUUAUAGCUGAUGUUAGUGAGACGAGACAACACUCAAGUUUCUACUGAGACUACUAACUUUAAGUUUAAGCCAGCUUUACGGAAAACUGAAAAAAACAAGAGACAAAAAUGGUUUUUAAAAAGAUUUUAAGAAUUCUCAAGAACGCCAGGAGAUUCCACUACAGAAGAUUUGAAGAUGAAUCUUCUCUUUUGGAGGAACAAGAAGAGGAGCCCGUGGGACCUCCUGAAGUCCCAAACGUCCCCUCUAAAGAAAGCCAAAUGGAGGAUCUAAUAUCAUUUACUGAUAUUAGCAUGACUCAGCAGAAUGAAAAUAAGGAGGAACGACAAGAGGAGCCCGUGGGACCUUCUGAAGCCCCAAACGUCUCCUCUAAAGAAAGCGAAAUGGAGGAUCUAAUAUCAUUUACUGAUAUUAGCAUGACUCAGCAGAAUAAAAAUGAGGAGGAACGACAAGAGGAGCCCGUGGGACCUCCUGAAGUCCCAAACGUCCCCUCUGAAGAAAGCCAAAUGGAGGAUCUAAUAUCAUUUACUGAUAUUAGCAUGACUCAGCAGCAUGAAAAUGAGGAGGACAUUCUCAUAGCAACUUUUCAAUCCCAAAUUCAAGCUUGGGAAGACGAAAAGUUGGAAAAUGAAAACCAGGACGACUUUCUCUUGAAACUUCUUUCCCAAGAGAACACAAAUCUGGAAAAGGAGAUUCAAAGAGUUCAACAGUCUGUCCAGUCGUUUGGAUCCCUGGAGCAGCAAUCCAGAAAUGACAGCUCUGAACUUCAGCUUCUGAGGCAAAGAAACGCAGAACUCCGAGCAGAACUCGAAGCUCUGCAGAGGAAAGAGGAGGAAAUCAAAUUCCAGAAUGCGCUUCUCAAAAAUGACAUUAAGUCUGAGACGGAAGAAGGUUUGACAUUGGAGAAUCAGUUGUGUAAGCUGAAACGUCAGUACAGUCAGGGUCUGAUGGAAAAUUCCAAGACCAAGAGUGAACUGAACGCUCUCCAAAAGACAAAUACGGACCUUCUGGAA